AUGCCGAGGAAACCCGACCCGGUUACUCCAAACCCGGUUCAGAGCAAUGCCAAAGAGAUUCGUUACAGAGGUGUAAGAAAACGUCCAUGGGGAAGAUACGCAGCUGAGAUCCGAGAUCCGUGUAAGAAAACUCGUGUCUGGCUCGGUACGUUCGACACGGCUCAACAAGCGGCGCGUGCUUACGAUGCAGCGGCGCGUGAGUUUCGUGGUAACAAAGCUAAGACCAAUUUUCCGACAUAUCUCGAGCUUAACAACAACGCGAAAACUGCGGUUGUUGUUGACGGUGGUGCUCGUGGUGGUGGUGGUUACUCUCGUAGUCCUAGUCAGAGUAGCACCUUAGACUCUGUUUCUCCGACGUCGGCGAGAUUGGUUACACCACCGGAGCUCGAGCUCAGUUUAGGAAGAGGAGGCGGAAACGGCGGCGCGUGUUAUCGGAUUCCGGUUGCUCGUCCUUUGUACUACUAUAAUGUGACGACGGCGUUUAUGCCGGCGGCGAGAGCUUGUGGGGUCCAGAGUGAGUCUGAUUCGUCGUCGGUCGUUGAUUUCGAGAAUGGAGCUGAGAAGAAAUAUCAGCCGUUAGAUCUGGAACUUAAUUUAGCUCCUCCGGCGAAAUAG